AUUGAUUCAAAAAUUAAAUUAAAUGACUUCUAAAAUUACAAGCCCAGAGGCAAAUAAUUUAGACAAUUAGAUCUAACAUUUAUACUAAUGCAAGCCACUUCCUGAAUAGGAUGUCAAACAAUUAUGUGAAAAGGCAAAAGAAAUUUUAAUCGAAGAAUCAAAUGUGUAACCAGUCCGAGCUCCAGUGAUCAUUUGUGGUGACAUUCACGGUCAAUUCCAUGAUUUGAUGGAAUUAUUUAAAAUAGGUGGCAAAGCACCAGAUACAAAUUAUCUAUUCAUGGGUGAUUACGUAGAUAGAGGACAUCAUUCAGUCGAAUGUGUAACACUACUUGUGCUAUUGAAAAUUCGUCAUAGAGAUAGAAUCACAAUCCUAAGAGGAAAUCACGAAUCAAGACAAAUUACAUAAGUUUACGGUUUCUAUGAUGAAUGCUCAAGAAAGUACGGCAAUAGUAAUGUGUGGAAGUACUUCACCGAACUCUUUGAUUACUUACCCUUGACUGCAGUUGUUGAAUCUCAAUUUUUCUGUUUGCAUGGUGGUAUCUCACCUUCAAUUGACACCUUGGAUCAUAUUCGAUAGUUAGAUAGAGUGCAGGAAGUCCCACAUGAAGGACCCAUGUGCGAUUUACUAUGGAGUGAUCCUGAUGACAGAUCUGGAUGGGGAAUAUCACCCAGAGGAGCUGGAUAUACUUUUGGAUAGGAUAUCUCUGAGUAAUUCAACCACAAUAACAAAUUAAAGAUGAUUGCAAGAGCACAUCAAUUGGUCAUGGAUGGUUAUUCCUUGGCUCACGAUAGAAAUGUUGUGACUAUUUUCUCUGCUCCCAAUUAUUGUUACAGAUGUGGCAAUCAAGCUGGAAUUAUGGAAGUGGAUGAGAAUCUAAGACAAACAUUCAUCCAAUUUGAUCCAGCACCCAGAUCAGAAAAUGAGACAGUUCCAAAAAGAGUACCAGAUUAUUUCUUAUGAUUAUUAAUAUACAUAAAAAUCAGUUUC